AUUUCCUUCGUGGUAUUGGCAAACCUGCUGGACACCCCAGGGCUGAAGACGACGUUGGUGGCGAGCAUCCCCGUGGCACUGCUAUGGUACCUAGCAUUCUAUCUAGUGCCCAAGAACUUCGCGAAUUACUGCAACCAGUGGGCAUCAACGCACCCCGAGGAGGUGGAGAAGAGUAAUUAAGCAUACCUGCGCUCGGCAGCCAUGCCUGCGUAGGGGGUUGUAGUAGAGAGAGGAGAAGUUAGUGGGGAGAGUGAAUAAAGAAGACCAAGACCUGUACUUUACUUGCUUUGUGUUUAUGUUUCGUGGAAGGGUUAUCCAGGACAUGCUGCCAUUGUUUUGCAGGGGUUCCUUUCAAAUAUCUGGUUAUGUGCUGUUGCAUUCUUGUUUUGUAAUACGGGGAGCGCCAUCUGUGAGGACUGAGGAGUUUGUGAGAGGGUUUAGGUGCUGACGUGCUGUCUUGGUGUGUGUUUCGGUGCCGGUUUCAAAGGCCACGGACCAUUUAUGCCACAAUGAUUUGAUUUGUAGAUAGCCUACAUGGCUCAAGGUAUAGGUUGUUGUCAACAAGGAGUGCACAUAUAUUUCGUUGGAGUUUGUAGGUCAGAAUAGGACAGUUGCCUAACGCUUGCGCUGGCACACUUGGUGUAGCCCAGUGGCUUAUGCAAAACGUUGGUCAAUAGAGACAACGUGUAACCGCUAUGGGCAAUAGGCAUCUCGACUGUGGCAACUUUGCACCCUGCAGUCCAACUUCUUCUCUACUUGACACUGUUACGAAGCCUACAGGCCAAGAGCAACUUUAGAUCAUGCUUUUACAGAAUCUACUGCGGAGUUGCUAAUUCGCUCAGCGGUUGCCUUGUGACGGGACGCAUAUUUUUAAGGAAUGUGGUUUGCCAUCCUAAUAACUGUGCUGGCCGCUGCUGGCAACAAUAUUGGCAAGGUCCUCCAAAAGCAAGCUACACGUUCUCUACCAAAGCUUGUGCUAAACCGCGCGACGCUUCUUCUAUACUUCCGCUCGGGACUAUGGGUUGCCGGGAUGCUGACGGACUUGGGAGGCGCACUCCUGAUGAUCGUCGCCUUCGCUAAGGCGCCGGUAUCCGUGGUGCAGCCGGUGUCGGCGGUGGGGCUGGUGGUGCUGCUGGUCUUCUCGCACUUCUACCUCAAGGAGCGGCUGCGGGCCCCCGAGUGGGUUGCCGCCUGCGUCGCCUUCUGCGGAGUGCUGGGGCUGGGCCUGAGUGCGGAGCCGGCGCAUGCGGAGCACCCGGAGGCGGGGCCGGGGCGCGUGCUGGGGGCGUUCGGGGGGCUGCUGGCGCUGCUGGGCCUGGAGUGCUGGUGGCGCCACUCACGACCCUCCCACCCCCACCUCCACCACCCCCACCACCACCACUCCCACCCCCUCGCCGGCAAGUCCCUAGCUCCCUCCCUGCCGCGCUCCUCCUCACACCUGGGAGGCGCUGCUGCCGGGGCUGCGGGCUCGGCGGGCGGGCCCGCGGCGGCGGCUGGGGGCUCCGUAGCUGCGGCUGCCGCUGCUGCGGAUGCGGUGUUGUGCGGGUUGGAGGCGGGCGCGUGCUUCGGCUUCUCAGCGGCGGCUUGCAGGACAGGUUUCAUCCUGGCCGCCAAGCUGUCGUUCCUGUGCGUGCCGCUGGCCCUAGCGGUGUCCGUGUGGCUCAGCUCUGCCGGCUUCCUGCUGCAGACGCGCGGGCUCAAGGGAGGCAACACGGUGGUGGUGUGUGUGGCGGCCGCAACCGCAUCCAUGGUGACCGGGGUGGCGGCGGGCAUGCUGGCGCUGCAGGAGAAGCUGCCCUCGGGUCAUGGCAUGAAGGUGGUGCGGCUGGCUAGCUGGAUCUGUAUCCUGGUGGGGGUGUCCUGUCUGGCCGGCGGCAUGGAGGCGCUGGCGGCAACCGGCAGGGCGCUGGGAGCGGUGCUGCCGCGGCCGCCGGCGCCGGGGCGGUGGCUGCGCUGGGUGCCUCGGCCGCUGGCAGUGGCGGUUGUGCGGGCGCACAAGCGGAGAGGGGG